GGCGGCGGCGCAGACAGGGGGCGCUGUCGUCCCCACAGCGGCUUUCCCGCCGCCCGCGCCAAAGCCCCCCCCCCCCGCCACCCCCGCGCGCUCCCCUCACGGCCGGGCGGGGGGGGUCUCUCCCCUCAGGUCAUCGCUCCCCUCAGGUCAUCGCCGCCCUCAGGUCAUCGCCGCCGCCGGCAUCGCGCUGUAACCGCGCUGUAACCCCUCUGUAACCCCGAGCCGCCCUGUGCCCGCCCCCGGGCAUCCUCCUCUCCCCGUGCCCGCUGAUCCCGAGGGCUCCUCGCUGCCCCGCGGCGCUGAGGUGGCUUUGCCCGCAGGUGGCUGUUCUGUUCUGCGGGGUGUCAUGGCUUGACGCCUUGUGUUGGGGCUGAGCGGGCUUUGGGCCCCUCAGAUUUAGCCUGAGGUUCUUGUUUGAAGUGUUCUGUCGGUAAGAUCUGUGAGUCGCUACAGCAGCAGCACCUGCAGUGGUCAGCACCUGUGCAGUGAAUGACAGGGAUGGAGACUGAAACAGAGAGAGACAAAGCCAUGGAAGAAGAAAGCACUGAGCAGAAAAAGGAAAGAGAGAAGAAGAAGAGGUCAAGAGUGAAACAGGUGCUGGCAGAUAUAGCCAAGCAAGUGGAUUUCUGGUUUGGUGAUGUUAAUCUCCACAAAGACAGAUUUCUUCGAGAACAAAUAGAGAAGUCCAGAGAUGGGUAUGUUGACAUAUCACUUCUUGUUUCUUUCAACAAAAUGAAAAAAUUGACUACUGACGGGAAGCUGAUUGCUCGGGCAGUUAAGAGUUCAUCUGUUGUAGAGUUGGACUUGGAAGGAACCAGGAUCAGGAGACGCCAACCUCUGGGUGAGCGCCCGAAGGACGUGGACAGUCGGACAGUCUAUGUGGAGCUGCUUCCCAAAAAUGUCAAUCACAGUUGGAUUGAGCGGGUGUUUGGCAAGUGUGGCAAUGUAGUUUACGUCAGUAUCCCCCGGUAUAGAAGUACUGGGGAUCCAAAGGGCUUUGCUUUUGUUGAAUUUGAAACUAAAGAACAAGCAGAGAAAGCCAUUGAGUUUUUGAAUAAUCCACCAGAAGAAGCGCCACGGAAACCUGGGAUUUUCCCCAAAACAGUAAAGAACAAACCAGUUCCUACACUGAAUUCAAGUGACAACACUGUAGUAGAAGAGAAGAAAAAGAAGAAAAAGAAGAAAUCCAAAAUCAAGAAAGAGAGCAAUGCUCAGGCAGCUGCAGAGCCAAAGGAAUCAAACACUAACAAUACAACAGAGCCAGUACCAAAGUCUAAAAGACAGAGGACUCCAUCAGAGUGUUCUGAGAUGGAGGGAACUGAGGCUCCCAAGCAGCCCUCCAAAAGGGAGAAGAGGAAAUGGGACAGAACAGAGAGCUCAGAGGUAACCUGGGAAAGCAGGCCAGGAAAGAGAAAAAGAACCACCUCAGGAGAUGGUGAGACAUCAGCUCCUAAAGUUAUGAAAACUGAUGAGAAAGAUGAAGUUGAAACAGUAAAAGAAGAAACAUCAGAAGCUCCUAAAGAGUCCAAUGAAGUUUCUGCAGAAGAGAAAGACAAAAAAGACACAUCUCUUUCCAAAUCUAAAAGGAAACACAAGAAAAAGCACAAAGAAAGACACAAAAUGGGUGAAGAAGUCAUUCCCCUCAGAGUACUCUCCAAGACUGAAUGGAUGGAUUUGAAGCAAGAAUAUUUGGCCCUGCAGAAAGCCAGCAUGGCCUCCUUGAAGAAAACAAUGUCUCAAAUCAAACCUGAGCCCGUGGGAGAGAUGGAGACGGAGUCUGGUGUGCAGAAAUCUGAAAAUGACAAAACCACCAGUGAAGACUGUGCCCCUCCCGCCAAGGCAAACACAAUGGGGCCUCAGUUUGUCAGCGGAGUAAUUGUGAAGAUCAUUAGCACCGAGCCCCUGCCGGGCAGGAAGCAGAUCAAGGAUGCUCUGGCAGUGCUGGCUGAGGUGGCUUAUGUUGACAUGCUGGAGGGAGACACCGAAUGUCACGUUCGUUUUAAGACUCCUGAGGAUGCACAGACUGUCAUGAAAUCAUACAAAGAAAUACAGAUCAAAAACAACUGGAAAUUCGAAGUUCUCACUGGUGACAAUGAACAACGUUACUGGCAGAAGAUUUUGGUGGACAGACAAGCUAAGCUGAACCAGCCUCGAGAAAAGAAGCGGGGGACUGAGAAGCUGAUUGCCAAAGCUGAGAGGAUGCGACUGGAGAAGACUCAACAGACAAGCAAACACAUUCGGUUCACUGAUGACAACUAACCAGGGUUGAUGGUGAGCCUGGAAGUGAACUGUAGGUAUUCCAAACCAAGCAACCAAAACCAGCCCUCACAACCGCUGCUGCUUACAGCAACUAAACCCGGGCCCUUGGAUCCAUAACUCUGCAGACUGCAAGUGUGAAGAUGGGUUCUGAAUCCCAUUUCUAAUAGGCUGAAUGUUUACUGCUUCUGAGCCCUUAGGUAAAGCUUUUUGGAACAUGUGUGUUAUGAGAUCUUCCUUUAGUUCACUUCCAGUUUGUUGAGAUUUUUUUUUUUUUUGUUUUUUGUUUUUUUUU